AUGCUCAUGGGCAUUGGCGGCCUCGUCCCGCUCCCCUCUGAUGCUCUUGUCACUCCUGUAACCUUCCGCGUCAAGAAACGCAACCUCCGCGGCAUACUCGCCAAGUUCGAUGAGGCCGAGGACGGCACCCGUGUGCUUUCUGGAGAGUGGGUCGUGGGGAGGAAAACGUGGCAGCGCAUGCAGACAGACUGGAAGGCCUCCAACAAACCAGAUGUGGCGACCAGUAAAUCUACUGGGGCCUCCCCUCGACCAUCCUCUCCCGGCCGCCCCACUCCGAAGAAGAAGGAGCUUGUCGUCCUCUAUAUCCAUGGAGGUGCAUACUACCUGUCAAGCGCCGCAGCACAACGAAUCAUGUCGAUACCACUGGCCAAAUACACCGAUUCGCGCAUUUUUGCCUUAGAUUAUCGACUUGCUCCAGAAACGUGCUUCCCCGGACCGCUGCACGAUGCCGUUAGCGCCUAUCUCAGACUCGUCGGGGAUUUACACAUACCACCAGAAAACAUCAUCGUUUGCGGAGACAGCGCAGGAGGCGGGCUAUCUUUGGCAUUGCUCAUGUAUCUCCGAGAUAAUGAGUAUCCGCUUCCAUCUGGAGCCAUUCUCAUGUCUCCGUGGGUUGAUCUCACCAUGAGCUGUGAGUCCUGGGAGACGAAUGCAGCUUAUGAUGUCGUCCCUUUCCCAUCUGCGGAUAAUCACAUGAAUCCCAUCGCCCUCUACCUUGGAGAACAAACAGAAGAAUAUCUGACGCACCCCUAUGCUAGCCCUCUAUUCGGUGACUUCAAGGGCUUACCACCGCUACUGGUGCAGGCAGGUGAUGCAGAGGUCCUCCGCGACGAGAUCACUCUUUUGGCCCAUAAGGCAACGUUGGCUGGAGUGCAGGUGGUCCAUGAACUGUACGAAGACGCUAUUCAUGUCUUCCAAGCGUACCCUUUCCUCGAAUCCUCUCGACGAUCUUUCGAGUCUAUGAGAUAUUUCGUGCGGGAAGUUCUUCCAAGGCAUCAAAGCCGAUCGCCGCAACUCCUUGCGAGCAUCGCCGAGCGUGGAUUAGAGAAGGAAAUCGAGACCGACCGCACCGUGGUUGUCAGCGGAGAUGGUGUCGAGGUAUCUACACCCUUCAACAAGUCAGAGUUCGGGAAGGAAAAGAAAGCACUGAAGAAAGAGGGUGCUGGCAAUGAAAGCAGUGGAGAAGAUAGCGAUCCCGGACCAAGUUGGAUACCAUCGCCUGCUUUGCCGAAGUUCAUUCCUGAAGCCAUGCGAUUUGGGUCGAAGGAUAAGGGAAUGGUCGAGGUCGAACAUAUCGAAAAUAUCCCGGAUCUGCACUUGUCGCCUCCAUCACCUUCACUACCGACGACUGAAAGGCCAGAAAUGAGGUCAUUCACGUCUUCCACGUCCGUCUUGUCAGCAUCGUCUUUGUUGGUGGGUAUUUCAACCAGCGCCAUGGCGUCGAUGUCGCCUGUUCCACCACCCAAUCCCAGGCGAAUACGAUCAAUGGGUUCGCUAGCCGCCAAAUUCUCCCUGCACUUUAAGCAUCACAAUCAUGUCGAUCAUCCUCCCUCUUCGUUCCACGGCAGACAAGAGCCGAGCUCUCAAUCUACAGAUUCUUCCCCCAAUCCCCGCUACAGUCAUACCCAUGGCUUCACUACGUUGAAUGUGUUCGCGUCUCCUUCGCCCGCGAUGUCGCCAAUGAAGCACACCCGCUCACAGUCGUCGACGAUCCUUGCUGCCGAUGUCCCGCAGAACCUGGCGAUGUCAGGUAUUCAGCAAACGGCACUUGCGGCUCCGUCUAUACGGAAGAGGCGACUGUCAUCCGCGCUGUCGAUGCGCCACAAGAGCAAAGGCAGCGUGCGACGCGAUGACUUCUUCGUCGAUCCUAAGGCUGGUACGCCAUCCUAUGCAAAGAGACCGUCGCCAGCGGUAGUAGAUACGCCGAUGGAUGUCCAGACCCUCGUUGAUCAGUGGACGGAGUCUGGUCCUGCAAACCAGACGGUGGUGGUCAGUGCGGCGCCGCAACAUUCAUGA